CGAAUUCCUAGCUUCAGGAAGUCACUGGCACCAAAGGCGUCAACUAUGUCUAUCCAUUUCGUUAAGCGCUCUCAAUGCCAUCUGGCUUGGGACAACAGCAUUUCCCCCGUCAUCCACAUAUCCUCGGGAGAGACAGUCACCUUCGACUGUCUUGACGCGUCUAACGGCCAGAUCACUGCCUCGUCUGACAUCACGUCCCUCGCGUCCCUCGUCUUUUCCCAAUUAGAUCAAGUCAAUGGCCCAGUACACAUUUCCGGAGCGCAGCCUGGCGACACCCUCCGCGUUGACGUCCUCGGCAUCGAGACAGCGGACUGGGGCUGGACAGCGCUCAUACCUGGCUUUGGGCUGCUCGCGGACGAAUUUCCCGAGCCUGCGCUCAAGGUCUGGAAGCUCGUCCGGAAAGUGGACGGAAAGGACGUUUGUGGCAACGGCGAGUAUGGAUACGGGUGGUUCGAUGAGGAGAAGGGGAUCAAGAUCCCGCUGAAGCCGUUUGCGGGGGAGAUGGGCGUCGCUCCGGGGAAGGCCGGGGCGCAUUCGACGAUUCCUCCGUACGCGACUGGAGGAAACAUCGAUACGAGGCAUCUGACCGCAGGAUCAACGUUGUACCUGCCCAUAGAGGCGGAAGGCGCGCUUUUCUCGAUUGGUGAUGGCCAUGCAGCGCAGGGAGACGGCGAGGUCUGCGGGACCGCAAUCGAGACGCCAAUGAAAGUCUCGGUAAGACUCACGGUCUUGAAAGACAAGCCAUACGUAAAGACUCCACACUUCACUGCGCACAACCCUCAUGCAGGAACCGAGCAAUUUUAUUGCACGACAGGCGUCGACGCAGACAUCCGAGAUGCGACCCGAGCCGCUGUCCGAAACAUGAUCGCGUUCCUCAAAGCGGAGCACGGUCUGAGCGCAGUUGAGGCGUACAUGCUAUGCAGUGUCGCAGGCGACCUGCGCAUGCACGAAGUAGUCGACAUGCCCAACUAUGUGAUCGGUAUGAUGCUGCCGAAGUCGGUAUUUACGCAAGCGUCAUGAAACUUGACUUCGUGGUAUUAUUUGAAUUGAUUCAUUUGGCGGCCCUAUCCUGGGCCUUU